UAACGCCUUUGCUGCAUAAUUAAUUCAGAUGCUGACUUGGAUGCUGUCCCUUACCUGCCUGCUGUUCACACCCACAACCUGGGAUCUGUUCACACCCACAACCUGUGUUUUGUUUCCACCCAAAGCUAGCUGUCCAGCCUGAGUGCUGCUCUCAUUAAGUCUGGUAAUCCUUCACUUUCUAGUGGGGAUACAGGAUACUGAUAAUUCUGCAGGGCCUUUCUGCAAGUUCCCACAUGUGUCAAAGGGCAAAUAAAUUCCUUCACAAUUCACUGAGAAAAACUUGGGAAUGAAUAAGUGGAAAGAACCACAGAUGAUGAUCCUAAAACUCUUAACAUCAUACUGGUGAGGGCAGCAUCAGGGGUAUAUGAUAGCUCAAGUAUUGCAUGGCACCUCACACCUAACUGAGCCUAACCUGGGUGCCGAUCAUCUGCAUUAUCCCUGCAGUAAAGAUGUAUUUUUAGAGGUGUAGAGCACUGAAGACUGGCUUGAUACUUCUAUUCAAGCGGUUGGGCAAAUAAUAUUCCUGUAGUUUUCUACGUGUGUACCUCCCUCCAUGCUCUUAACCUAGUGGGAGUGACUUUGUUUGUAGUCAAAUGCAUAGUUCUUUCUCCAUUUUGUGUGAAUUAUUCCAUUGACUUCAGUAGGGCUAAUUAUGUGUGUCAAGAAUCUAGGUACAUGCACACCUGUUUGUGGAACUGGGGCCAGAAUGACUAGUGAGACCAUAUUGAAACUGGUGUUGUCACAAGUCUCAGAACUUACUAGAUUGGGAAACUGUUGCCCUCAACACUAAACACUAGACUUGUGAAUUAUACAACACUGCAAAUGUAUCCAUAUCAGAUACCUGCAGAGCAGUUGCCUGCAGUUCAGUUAACAAAAUGUUAUCCAACUUCUGAAUAAGGCAUCCAGCUUAGAUGCCUUAUUCAGCAAAGUAGUGUUUCAGUUUCUCAUUCCCUUAAACUCUGAAGUUGCUAAGUCUGAAUGUACUGCUGCAUUGGAACGCUCCACAGUGCAAUGUCCAUGAAGGCAAUCUUUAAGGAGAAAAACUCCUGAUAGUGACUGUAGUUCUUGGAGAUGCAUUGUCCAUAUGCCCUUUCUGCAACCUGCACUUCCUUUUCUUUCUUAAUCCUGCCCACCUGAGCUGUGACUGACACAUACUGUUCAUUAUACACUUGGUGCAGAGCACAAGAAAGAAAUAGGUGCAUGUGUGUUAUACAAACCCUGUUGACCAAAGUCUCUAAGCUCAGCUGCAUGACACACGCGUACCUCAUGGGAUUCAUAGAAUGUGGGCUGGAAGAGACCUUGGAAGAUCAUUGGGUCCAGCCCUGCUGCACCAAGCAGGAUGUGUGUAUAGGCAAUGCAUCUUGAAGAUCUCCAGUUUCUAUAUGGUAAUUUAUUAUGCUCUUCUGCUCUACCCUGAUCCCAUAGGGAAUCCUAAAAUCCUCUGCACUGAAUGAAUGGAAACACAGUUUUCUCCUGGUUCCCCAAGGAAAUCCAUACGAAUAAGGUUUUUUUCUUCUUUUUUUUAACAAUAAAGUGCAAAUGCAUAAAUAAGGUAUUCUGUAAAGAAAUCAUAUGUAUUCACCUUAUGCAAGUAAAGUAGUCACUCACAGCCUGAGUUAUUGCUGUGAUGAAGUGUGGUGUUUGCUGAGAAGUGUAGUUUAUGCUCCCAGCAAUGGACCAGUGUUUUAGGGCAUUCCUCCAGCAGGACUUCUGCACUGUGUUGAGGUUGCUUGCUCCAAAAAGUGAACUUUUUAUGGUCCCUUCCCAUAUCACUGGCCCAUCAUGUUUUAGAAUCAGUGUGCAGUAGGUUCAGAGGAACUGUUGCAUGACUGAAUAUGAAUGUUUCAACACCGGGUCUCAAGCGAUUGAGAAGAUAACUACUGUACAUUGACUUUCAAUUCUGGUUGGAGAUUUUUUUUAUAUACUUUAUAGAACUUCAUUGCUAUAGUUUUGCUCAUUGAAAGAGAAGAGAUGAUCGUUAUUGAGGAAUGCAUUUGAAGUAGAGCAAUGUAGGAACUGUUUGCUUAUUUGCGCCCCCUUUUUUUAUUCAUCUAGUUUUAAUUUGCUUUUUAAAAAUACUGUCUUCAAGAUCUGAUCGAUUCCACUACCCUUAUUAAAUCACUUCAUAGAUUAUUCUUGAUGAGCCAUAGGAAAAACACCUUUCCUGCCUGUUCAUCUGGCAUGUGAGGUAGUUUUGAUCACAGAUUGGAAGGGGGAGGAGUUCAAGCUUGGAAUGUAAAUACCUAGAAGUGAAGCAGUAUAAAGUAACGCCUGAGAAAUCUCACAGUCGAAGCAGGCUGCUCACAAAUGGCUGUCCCAAGGUCUCUCUUAGUUUUGGAGAACUUCAUAGGUGGUAAAUUUGUUCCCUGCUCCUCUUACUUAGAUUCCUAUGAUCCGUCCACAGGAGAAGUGUAUUGCAGAGUGCCAGACAGUGGCAAAGAGGAGUGAGAAUCCUACGAUAGCCCUCAGACUCCAUCCUUCCAACAAUCACUGGAGUUUUACAAAGGGGAAUCUGCUGCUCCUGUUCCAGAGGGUGGAAGCUGCAGUCAGUGCUGCCAGAGAUGCCUUUCCAUCCUGGUCAUCUAAAAGCCCUUGGGAAAGAUCUCAGAUAAUGAACAAGUUAGCAGAUUUGAUUGAGCAGGAGCUCGAGGCAUUUGCACAAGCAGAAUCGAAGGAUCAGGGAAAAACCAUUACAUUUGCUAGAACAGUGGACAUCCCUCGGGCAGUGUAUAACUUCCGGUUCUUUGCCUCAUCUAUUCUUCACCAUACUUCAGAGUGCACACAGAUGGACCAGAUGGGGUGCAUGCAUUACACCAUGAGAGUCCCUGGAGGAAUUGCUGGUUUAAUUAGUCCUUGGAAUUUACCACUUUACUUGCUGACAUGGAAAAUCGCCCCAGCCAUUGCAUGUGGAAACUCUGUCAUUGCCAAGCCAAGUGAGAUGACAUCUGUCACUGCUUGGAUGAUGUGCAAACUCUUGGAUAAAGCAGAAAUCCCUCCAGGGGUGGUAAACAUUGUGUUUGGAACUGGCCCCAAGGCUGGGGAAGCGAUUGUCUCCCAUCCUGAUGUGCCACUGAUCUCCUUCACUGGGAGUACGCUCACGGGCCAGCUCAUCAUGGAGAGGAGUGCCCCACACUGCAAAAAACUCUCUCUGGAACUUGGAGGCAAGAAUCCUGCUAUCAUCUUUGAGGAUGCUGACCUGGACCAGUGCAUCCCUACCACUGUGAGAUCCAGCUUUGCAAAUCAGGGUGAAAUCUGCCUUUGCACCAGCAGGAUCUUUGUUCAGAGAGGCAUUUAUCACGAGUUUUUGAAGAGGUUUGUUGAAGAAACCAAAAAAUGGAAGGUUGGGAGCCCCUCCGAUCCCACAGCCAACAUGGGGGCCCUGAUAAGCAAAGAACACUUAGAAAAGGUGAAGAAGUAUGUGAAGAAGGCAGAGGCUGAAGGAGCUAGAAUUCUGUGUGGAGAGGGGAUCGAGUCCUUGCAGCUUCCAACCAGAAAUCAGAAUGGCUAUUUCAUGCUGCCUACAGUCAUAACUGAAGUGAAGGAUGAAUCCUGCUGUAUGCAACAAGAGAUCUUUGGUCCUGUGACAUGUGUGGUAGUGUUUGAUACAGAAGAAGAAGUGAUUAAGAGAGCCAAUGGUAUCAAGUAUGGCCUGGCAGCCACUAUAUGGUCAAGUAAUGUAGGGUGUGUUCAUCGUGUGGCUAAAAGACUGCAAUCUGGUUUGGUGUGGACUAAUUGCUGGCUUAUCAGAGAUCUGAACUUGCCAUUUGGUGGCAUGAAAUUCUCUGGGAUAGGCAGGGAAGGAGCAAAGGACUCCUAUGAGUUUUUCACAGAGGUCAAAACCAUUACAAUAAAACAUUAAAUUUGCCAAUGCAA